AUGGAUUUGGUAACGAGCUGUAAGGAAAAAUUGACACAUUUUCGUAUAAAAGAGCUUAAAGAUAUUCUUACUCAACUUGGGCUUUCCAAACAGGGAAAGAAACAGGAUCUUGCUGACCGGAUAUUAGCUAUUAUUUCAGAUGACAGAGUUUCUGGGAUAUGGGCUAAGAAAAGUGUCGUUAGGAAAGAAGAGGUGGCAAAACUAGUUGAUGACAUGUACAGAAAGCUGCAGAUCCCAGGGGCAACUGAGUUGGCAUCAAAAGGUCAGGGUGUUUCAGAUGUCACCAUUAAUAAUAAUACAACAUUCAAGGAGGAAGUUGAAGAUAGUUAUCAGAGUGAAAAAGUUCGAUGUCCAUGUGGAACUUCACUGCAAGCAGAUUCGAUGAUAAAGUGUGAAGAUAAAAAAUGCAACGUAUGGCAGCAUAUUGCUUGUGUUAUUAUCCCUGAAAAGCCAAUGGAGGGUAUUCUUCCACCACCUCCUCCAGUUUUCUAUUGUGAAAUCUGUAGACUUGGACGUGCAGAUCCAUUCUGGGUAACUAUGGGACAUCCUUUAUAUCCUGUGAAGCUGAGUAUUGCAAAUGUCCCUACAGAUGGUACAAAUCCAGUACAGAGUGUUGAAAAAACUUUUCAGCUUACAAAAGCUGACCGGGAUUUGUUGGCAAAACCAGAGUUUGAACUUCAGGCUUGGUGUAUGCUUUUGAAUGACAAGGUUUCUUUUCGGAUGCAAUGGCCACAAUAUGCAGAUUUACAAAUCAAUGGUAUGCCUGUUCGAGCUCUCAAUAGACCUGGCUCCCAACUUCUUGGAGCCAAUGGCCGUGAUGAUGGCCCACUUAUCAUGCCAUACACCCGUGAUGGAAGCAAUAAAAUUUCCUUGACAGGCGUUGAUGCUCGAGUCUUCUGUUUGGGUGUCAGAAUCAUGAAACGCCGCACAGUUCAACAGAUUAUGAAUAUGAUUCCCAAAGAAUCUGAUGGUGAGAGAUUUGAAGACGCGCUUGCACGUGUUUGUCGCUGUGUUGGCGGUGGGCCCACUGCAGAAAAUGCAGGCAGCGACAGUGAUUUGGAGGUUGUUGCCGACUCUAUACCCGUUAAUCUCCGCUGCCCAAUGAGUGGUUCAAGAAUGAAAAUUGCUGGAAGAUUCAAACCUUGUGCUCACAUGGGCUGCUUUGAUCUUGAUGUAUUUGUACAAAUGAAUCAACGUUCACGAAAGUGGCAAUGCCCCAUAUGUCUAAAGAACUACUCCUUGGAGAAUGUGAUUAUCGAUCCAUAUUUCACUCGUAUCACAACCAAGAUGAGGAACUGUGGAGACGACGUGACAGAAAUUGAAGUGAAACCAGAUGGAUGUUGGCGUGUAAAGGCAGAAAAAGAUAUAAAAAAUUUAGGGGAACUUUCACAAUGGCAUUCACCCGAUGGAACUCUCUGUAGUAUUCCCAUGGAAGUAGAAUCCAAACCAAAACCAAAACCAGAAGCUUUAAAACAAGUCAAACAAGAAGGCGUUUCAGAAGGGAAUAAACAACCCGAAAACUUAAAUGGUAUUAUCCACUCUGGUAUUCCCAUGAGCAGUAGUGCUACUGGAAAUGGUAGAAACAGUGAAGAUCCUAGUAUUAAUCAGUCCGGUGGAGGAGGAGGAGGAGGGCAUUUUGGUCAUUCCACCACCAACGGAUCCCUUUCACCAAACUACGGAUUCAAUUUCAAUGAUGUUAUUGUCCUCAGUGAUUCAGAAGAAGAGACUGAACUUGAACUUGAACCUGAACCUGAACCUGAACCGGUUUAUAAAAACAAAAACAACGGAGUUUCCUUUUCUACCCCUCUUCCAAAUCCGGAAGAUCCGAGUCUUAUACCUGGUGGGAGUUCGUGUCUUGGGCUUUUUAACACCAAUGAAGAUGAUUUUGGGGUACCCUUUUGGUCAUUACCUUCCACUAGUCAAGUGGGGCCUAGCUUUCAGUUAUUCGGUUCAGAUGAUAACCAAAUGGACCCCAUGGGUUCUGUUCCCUUACUUCCCGAAUCGUCAAUUUACCAAAAUACCCUCGACAUAAACGACGGGUUGGUUGAUAACCCGUUAGCGUAUGGACACGAUGAUCCGUCGCUUCAGCUCUUUCUUCCGACGAGACAAGCUGAUGUGGCGGCGGAGCAAGCGGAGUUACGAGAUCCCCCGUCUGUGUCAAAUGGUUUGCAGGGUGACGAUUGGAUUUCACUCAGCCUUGGCGGUGGUGGUGGUGGCGGUGGAGUUGGCGGCAGUGGGGUGAAUUUUGAAAGUACCGCUGCGAACGGGUUAAACUCCGGUCAGGAACCGCUGCGUGGAGAUGGUGGGUUGGAUUCGUUGGCGGAUACGGCUUCUUUGCUUACUGGAAUGAAUGGAAGUAGCAAAAGAGAAAGAUCUGAUAACCCUUUCUCGUUUCCUAAGCAAAAGCGUUCUAAGAAGACUAGGUACAAGGUAGAGAGCACUUCCAGAACCUUAUUUGGUGUGGUAUAAUAUAAUAGAUUCUUUGUGAUCAACUGACUUGUACAAGAGAAGCGUAUUUGGUGGUAUAGCAGCAAUAGCAUGUUUUGGUAGGAAGGAGUAGCUUGUAAAUGUCAUUUGCUCACAAAACUUAUCUUUUAGUUAUUUAAUUAAUACCAACAAGCAAGCAAGCAAGCAUCUGGAGUUCUUAUUAUAAGUUGAUUGAUUGUAUACCCCAUGCCACUUUCUCCUUGUAUGUCACCCAAAACAUAAUAUAAAUAUCUCUUUGCUGGGUUUUAUGUCUUCAA